UUGAUUCAUGAACAUUAGAAUAAGAAAAGCAUUUUUGAGUCCUGGUUUCCCUUUGACAGUAACGAGAAUAGGGGUUAAUCGGUGUUGGGGGAUUGAAGGACGGUAGCAGGGGGAGUCAUGGACCCUGCAGCUGUCGAUAGGAUUAUUGAGAAGCUAUUAGAAGUCCGAUUAUCGAAGCCUGGCAAGUUGGUGCAGCUUUCCGAGUCUGAAAUCAAGCAACUAUGUGUUUCUUCUAGGGAUAUCUUCGUUAAACAACCAAAUCUCCUUGAACUUGAAGCACCCAUCAAAAUUUGCGGUGACAUUCAUGGGCAGUACAGUGAUCUAUUGAGGCUUUUUGAAUAUGGUGGUUUUCCUCCGAAGGCUAACUACUUAUUUUUGGGUGAUUAUGUAGAUCGUGGGAAGCAGAGCUUGGAAACAAUAUGCCUCUUGCUUGCCUAUAAGAUUAAGUAUCCUGAGAACUUUUUCUUGCUUAGAGGAAACCAUGAAUGUGCUUCUAUAAAUAGGAUAUACGGAUUCUAUGAUGAGUGUAAGCGCCGGUUCAAUGUGAAACUAUGGAAGUCCUUUACAGACUGUUUUAAUUGUCUUCCUGUAGCAGCACUUAUCGAUGAGAAGAUAUUAUGCAUGCAUGGGGGUCUGUCCCCUGAUCUUUCUAGUUUGGAUCAGAUUCGGAACUUACCACGUCCAACUGCCAUCCCAGACACUGGUUUGCUUUGCGAUUUACUUUGGUCGGAUCCUGGUAAAGAUGUAAAGGGGUGGGGCAUGAAUGAUAGGGGAGUUUCAUACACCUUUGGCCCUGAUAAAGUUUCUGAGUUUUUGUCAAAGCAUGACUUGGACCUUGUCUGUCGUGCCCAUCAGGUCGUGGAGGAUGGUUAUGAAUUCUUUGCUGAGAGGCAGCUUGUCACCAUUUUUUCAGCUCCCAACUACUGCGGAGAGUUUGACAAUGCCGGUGCUAUGAUGAGUGUUGAUGAAAACUUGAUGUGCUCUUUCCAAAUUCUUAAGCCAGCAGAGAAGAAAAAUAAGUUUAUGAUGUGAGAAGAUGUUUCCUACUUUUAUCGAGAGGUCCUUAAUUUGCCGUGGACCAGAUGUUGUAAUAUCACCCGCCUCAAAGUUUGCUGAUGAUGGAAAGAUCGCCACAUUUGGUGCUUAUUCCAGUUAGUUUGUUGAUUGUGACUGUGCAUGAGCAGAUGCAAGAAAGCAUUGUAGAACCUCUAAAUUUAUUCUGGUGAAAACAGAGGUUAACAUGUACAAGAAUAUAUAUUAUUAGACAUUUUCUUUGCACUUUGAUGCAUAGAAGACUCGGCCUACUGCGCAUGGAAACCAGCAUCCUUUAGAAAUA